AUGCUAUUCUCUACCUUGACAAGAAGUCUGCUGAUGGCGGGCAUGGCAGUAGUAUCUGCCCACGAUACAGGGUCUCCUUCAUCAUUGAAAGAGGUACCUAUUGCAGCUAAUUCACUUCCAGAAUUACUCUCUUUACAAUCUAUCCCAGCUAACUGGAUUUCUUCUGAUGAAACGACCUUGGAAGAAGGGAGGAUCAUCUUGACUCCAAAAAAACAAUCAAAAGGUUCAUUAUGGUUAAAAUCAUCAGUGAAAUUAAAUAAAGAAUUCACCAUUGAAUGGACUGUUAGGUCUGUAAAUUAUGAAGGUACAUCCACAGGUGGUAUGUCUCUGUGGUUUAUCUCCUCAGACAAGAUGAAGGACACCAGUCUAUAUAAUGGUCCUAGCAAGUUUAAUGGGUUACAAAUUCUAGUGGAUAACAAUGGUCCCUUGGGACAAUCUAUUCGUGGUCAACUGAGUGAUGGAUCUGUUGUGUUUAAGAAAGAAGGUAUCUAUGAUAAAUCAUUUGGGUCAUGUCUAAUGGGCUAUCAAGGAACUUCAGUUCCGGUGACUAUUCGUUUAUCCUAUUCUGAGAAUUUAGGUAGGACAAGUUCCAACAUGUUAAAAUUACAGGUGGAUAAUAGAGUAUGUUUCCAAACUAAUAAGAUUAAUUUUCCGCGUGAUGCUGCUUCUAAUAAUGGGUUAUAUAAUGUCGGUGUCUCUGCUGAUAAUGGUAACACUGUGGAAUCAUUUGAAGUUCUUAAGAUGAAUUAUUAUGAUACUGUCACUGAAGAAGCAUUGAUUCCAAAUGUUAAAGCAAUGGGUCAACCAAGAAUGAUCGCUAAGAUUAUUGAUCAAAGUACUGGUGAAGUGAAAACUGUUGAGAAAGAAGUAUUAGAUGAACAAAAUGAUCGUACUUCUAACUACGAAUUGUUUCAAAAGAUUGAUAAAAUCGAAGGUAAGAUAUUGGCUAAUGAUAUCAAACAUCUGCAAGAUAAAUUAGAAAAGAUAACGAACAAUCAAAUGUUAAUGGUGGAACAAAUGAAUCGUUUAUUAGAGAAAUUGAAUUCAGGUGAAUCAACUAAUGGAGAAAAACAAUCGAUUAUGGAUGAAGAAAGUUAUAAGCAAUUCUUUUCAGUAAAUGAAAAAUUAGAAAAAUUAUUUCAAGAAAGAGAGAAGGUAAGAGAAGUUAAUCAAAAGGAACAAUCUUUGCAAAGUAAUAGUGUGUCAAGUGAUGAAAUUUUGAAAAAAUUGGCAGUAUGGUUAUUGCCUUUCGCUGUCUUGAUUGUGGUCCUUGCCUAUUACACUUUCCAAAUAAGGAAUGAAUUAACAAAGACAAAACUGCUUUGA